AUGGCACCGACCUCAACACACCUGGUCGCGUGCCUCGUAUCGGCCACGUCCCUCUCACUCACAGCCGCCAAUUCCAUCCCACUACGUGAGAGGGCUCUUCUCGACGUCGCCAGGGCCCUUCCGAACGCUGUCAGUGGUGGAUAUGCCCCUGCCGUUGUCGACUGUCCAUCAUCGCGUCCCACAAUCCGUAGUGCUGCAACCCUCAGCAAGGAUGAGACCGACUGGCUCGCCAAGCGGCGUCCAGCCACUGUCCAGCCCAUGGCUGACUUCAUCGGCCGAGUUGGAAUCGAUGGCUUCGAUGGCUCAGGGUAUAUCAACAACCUCAGCGAUAACACAUCAGCCCUGCCAAAUAUCGGAAUUGCCGUGAGCGGAGGAGGCUACCGUGCAUUGAUGAAUGGGGCAGGUUUUAUCGCCGCCGCAGACGACAGGACGCCGGGCACCACCGACGCUGGAGGUAUUGGUGGUCUGUUGCAGGCGGCCACUUAUGUGGCAGGACUCUCUGGCGGCGGGUGGUUGGUUGGUUCUCUCUACAGCAACAACUUCUCAACGGUGGUGGAUCUGAUGGAGGGCAGCUCCGAGUCUGCCGUCUGGGACUUCGAGAACAGCAUAUUCGAGGGCCCCGAUGAGGGCAUGGCCGUCAUCAACACCGUCAGCUACUGGGGCGACGUCCGCGACGCCGUCUCCAGCAAGGCCGACGCCGGCUUCCAGACCUCGAUCACCGACUACUGGGGCCGCGCCUUGUCCUACCAGCUCAUCAAUGCCGCCGACGGCGGCCCGGCCUAUACCUGGAGCUCAUUCGCCGAGGAUGAGCAGCUGACCAGCGGCUCCAUCCCUAUGCCUAUGAUAGUUGCCGACGGGAGGGACCCUGGGGUUUCUAUUGUCAGUUUGAACGCGACUAAUUAUGAGAUCAACCCCUGGGAGAUGGGAACCUUUGACCCAACAGUCUUUGGGUUCGCACCCACCAAGUAUCUGGCCUCUAACUUCUCCGGUGGAGAGGUCCCAAGCGGUGGCAGUUGUGUACAGGGCUUUGACAAUGCCGGAUACAUGAUGGGUACCAGUUCAUCUCUGUUCAACACAUUCUUAACCACGAAUAUUACCGAGUACACGGGUGUGCCACAGUUCGUAGCCGACGCCUUCACGUCCUUGCUGACGCCCGUUGGCAACAGUAACAACGACAUUGCACAAUGGGUACCCAACCCCUUCCAGGGCUGGAACAACGCCACCAACGCCAACGCCGACCAGCUAGAGCUCGGCCUCGUCGACGGUGGUGAGGAUCUGCAGAACAUCCCCAUCAACCCCCUCCUCCAGCCCAUCCGAGCAGUCGACGUCAUCUUCGCCAUCGACAGCAGCGCAGACACGCAGUACAACUGGCCCAACGCGACCGCCCUGCGCGCAACCUACGAGCGCAGCCUGAGCCCCAUCUCAAACGGCACCCUCUUCCCGCCCGUCCCAGACGCCAACACCUUCAUCAACCUGGGGCUCAACAACCGCCCGACCUUCUUCGGCUGCGACCCCGCCAACUUCACCCUGUCCGAGGGCCAGGUCGUGCCCCCGCUGGUCGUCUACAUCCCCAACGCCCCCUACACCGCCGCCUCCAACGUCUCGACCUUCGACCCGAGCUACACCCGCCAGGAGAAGUUCGACAUCAUCACCAACGGGCUCAACGCCGCCUCCCAGAGCAACGGAACCAUCAACGCCGAGUGGCCCGCCUGCGUCGCCUGCGCCGUCCUCAAGCGCAGCCUCGACCGCACCGGCACCGCCAUCCCGUCCACCUGCGACAACUGCUUCGGCCGGUACUGCUGGAACGGCACGCUCGACACCAGUGAGCCUCCCCCGUACGAGCCUGCCUUCGCCAGCGGCGAUGCCAGCGCCGGUUCUAACGCUGGCGCCAGGGCUGGGCCUACCACCUCGUGGGUCCUGGCGGCUGGUGUUGUUGCUGGUGCCUUGCUCCUGCUGUAG